AGGGUCACGUGCCGUGCACGUGCGGACUCCAGUUUAAAGGCCCUCCUGUCUUUGGUUUGGUUUGAGACUCCUCGUUGCGUAUUUCUCUAGACCGCAGCAUCGGAAGGGGCUUGGAGACUACGGGUUUCAUCAUCCAGAAAGACAUAAUGAAUUUUGGAACAUCACUAUGCCAAAGAUUGAAUAUAAAGCAUAUGGUUACCAAUACUUCUGUUUACAGCAGUGCUUCUGAUGUCACAGGAGAAGGGUUGACUUUGAUGUUCAGGCGCUGGGCUACUAAAAAAGCAGCUGGAUCCACAAAGAAUGGGCGAGACUCUCAACCUAAGAAUCUUGGAGUGAAGAAAUUUGGUGGAGAGAGAGUGAUACCUGGAAACAUCAUUGUUCGCCAGAGGGGUACUCGAUUCCAUCCUGGAAAUUAUGUUGGGUUAGGAAAAGAUCACACUCUUUUUGCUCUGAAAGAAGGCACCGUAAAGUUUGAAAAGCACAAGCUUAGUGGACGCAAGUGGGUGCAUAUCGAGCCUAAAGAUGGUCAUGUGCUUCACCCUAUAUAUGCAAAUACUACAGCAGCUGAGAUGGUGAAAUCAGUCUGAGUCCUAGUUGUGUUUAGAUCUUUUCCUUAGGUUCAAACUUCUUCCCAGUUAAAUCACCGUUCAGAAGUUGAAGUUACUGGCAUGCCAUUGGUUUUCUACAAUAACUCCUGAAUGUAUGUUAUAUGAAUUUAGAACUAUAAUUUGUAUCACCUGGUUAGUGGCUUUGCAGCCUUGCGGAGUUGCGGUAGACUUGAAUGUUGUCCACAGUGGUGAGUCAAUUUUUUGUAUUUCGAUGGUAUAACCAACAUGUAGUCGGAACAAACAAAAAAUGUAGUGGUGUUGGUCUAAGUCUAUGAGUGGAUUCAAUAGGCCAAAAUAAUAGUUUCAUUGUACGUUGCCUUUCCACACUUGAUGAAUUGCAUUUUCUGUUC